ACUUGGUCUGUCCUCGGUAGAAAACCAACCUCCUGAUCAUGGUAUACAGGUACGCCGUACAGGGCCCCUUGCAGUGUCAGUACUCGAAAGUCCAGUGUCCUAAUUCGUGACCCGUCAGAUAAUGUAAACGUCAAAUAAAUUAUAGCAAAGCUGAAAGAAGGAACUCAACUAGGACGGUAAAGUGACGUCAUCAUGGCCCAGUACGUCAUAAACAAGCUGGAGUCAUUUCAUGGCGAUUUGUCCUUCAAUGGCGUCCCUUAUGAGGCGUUCGAACGUACAGGUCACUGGUCACUAUGGGGCGUGAUGAAGAUGUUUGAAGCAGCCCGUCUGAUUGGUCUGUACAACGGUCUGUUCCACUUCCGGUCGAUGGAAGAGAAACACAAGGGUUUGGUGAUUGUCACACAGACCAUCCGACUGAGUCCUGAUCUGCACCGAGACUACUCCCUCUUCACCACCCUCAAACAACGGUACGUCAUGGAUAUCGUUGAGAUCGGUCGAAGGUCAUUCUCUUUCGUAAGCAGACUGACCAAUGAAGAAACUGGAAAGUUCCUUGGAGAAGUUCUCCUAAAAUAUGUCCUAAUUGACAGGCGUACACGGAAGUCGAUUCCACUACCGGAUUCUUUUUUUGAAAAAUAUUCCGAAGAUGGAAAGAAAAAAGUAAAAGUUGUCAACCUGUCCAUUCCAGCUUGUCCUGAUAUGGGUAAAAAUGUAUUUCGGCUUAAAGUGCUUCCUCUGCAUAGCGACACUGACCGGAACAACCAUGUGAAUCAGUCUGUCUACUUCCGGUUUUGUAUCGAUUGUGCUACAGAUGCGGCUCUAGCCGGCAACUAUCGUCAUUUCACGUCAGACAUGUGUUGGUAUCCUGUUGUCGAGAUGAAUGUUUAUCAUGCGAACGAGAGUCUCGUCAACAAAGAGUUGAUCGUCAACACGUGGCAAGAUGAUGACGACUUCCGGUUGAUCUUCUUCAUCAUCAAACGCAAGAAAACUGUUCUGUUUAAAGCGUCCAUGUUGUUUUAUCCUGAAAUGUCUAAGAAGAGACGGAACUCGCGAAUGUGAGGAACAAAACAAUAGUUUAUUAACUUCAUAAUCUUACAAUAGGUCAAAAUGUUACAACAGUUAUCAAUAAAGAACACUUAAUAUC